CCAAAAAAAAACCCCUUUUGUUAAACUCUACAUAGAUAUUGCAUCUUUAUCAAAUUUUAGUUAAUUAAUCUGCAAAAACAAGAGAAAACAAUGGACUCUCCAACUGAUUCUGAGAAAGAAGAGAAAUUGAAGUCUCUUUUGGGUCGGCUUGAAGUAGAGUGUGGCAUUUUCGAAAGAAUUAUUUACAAGAAUAAGAACCAGCAUCGAAGGUCAUCGUAUUUUCAGUAUCUUUUAAAGGUAAGGAGAGACUUGAGACUGUUGAAAUCUGCUCAUUUGGAGGAAUUAUUAAAUUCCUGCUUUCUGGUUAUCACUGGGAAGAGACCUAAACAAAAGGUGCAGCUUUUAGAGAGUUUGAAGAGGAGGAAAUAUGAUGUUGGAAAACCUAAUUUUAUGGAACGGCUUUUGGGGGCAGCACGGCUACUAUCACAGAUGGUUGAGCCAAUGUUGAGGGCAGCAACUCAAGUAUCUACUCUGGCAGCUCGCUCAUUUUUCAUGGGAUUUUCUAUUACUGUUUUAUCUCUCCUCGCACGCCUUCGAGUUUUGGUUCAACAAAUAUUACUUGAUGUCAUCCCAGUGUUCAACACUGUCUCUUCUCUCUCCCAAACGAAGAAUUCUGUAAAAUUAAAUCAGCAAGGAAUUGAGAUAUUUAGAGAGUUUUAUCCCAAAAAAGAGGACUAUGUAACCCUAGAAUGUGUCUGGAACACGGAUAAGUUUAUAUUGGUUGAGAGGACGAAUACAUGUGAGACUGAAAUACAAGAAGAGGACAAUGAUGGAGAAGUUCCAGUAGGAGGUAAUGAAGUGCUAUACAAGACUAUCGAGUCAGUACUUGGAGAUGAUAAACCAACUGCUGAGAAUGCUGAUACUGAAAUAUCACCCCAUAUGAAUGAGACUACAACCAACUUCAUAAGAGAUCACGACGACAAGGACACAAAGCAGGUUGAAAAUUUUGCUGAAAAAGCAGAUGAUACUGUUGUUACCGAAAACCCUUGGCAGAAGACCGUCUCCCAAGCUAGCUCGCUGGCGGAUACUGGUACUGCUGGCUCAAGCAGUUUAAAAUUGGUGUCUAAUGUGAGGAAAGUGGCAUUUGUACCCGUGAAAAGGCCAGCGACUUCUACAGGAAAUCCAACUGAUGUACCUUCAAAAGAAUCCAAAAGUAACGGAGGUGAUAAGACAGAAGUAUUCUAUAGCUUGCUCACCCGUGGAAACCUAAACGAUAGUCUCUUUGGAUGAUCGAUGGAUUCAACAAGUCAUUCUUUGUUUUCAAUCCGUUUCGUUCUUGGUAGUAUUAUGUAAUUUUAAUAUCCUCUGAUACCAAUCUUCCAAAGAACUGAAUCUUGGUUUUCCAAGGCUAUAUUUCUUGUGUACAUUUCACAAAUCAGAGGGUUCGUUUAUUUUCAAUGGAAUUUGCAACACUUCGCGGAGACCUAAAUAGACAUUGCAUUCCAUUUUUUU